AUGGGCAACACCCUUGUAAAUCUAUUCAAACGUUGGUUUGGUAAGCAAGAUAUUCGUAUUUUAAUGGUUGGUCUCGAUGCAGCAGGGAAAACGACAAUAUUAUAUCAACUUAAACUAAAUGAACCAAUUUCAAACACAAUGCCGACAAUUGGUUUCAACGUAGAGAGUGUGGAAUACAAGAAUAUAAAUUUUACAGUCUGGGAUAUAGGCGGUCAGGACAAAAUCCGAGCAUUAUGGCGCUUAUAUUUUCAACAGACAGAAGGACUUAUAUUCGUUGUCGAUAGUAAUGAUAGCGAUAGAAUUCAAGAAGCUAAAUCUGAAUUGUUUUGCUUACUUAAAGAAGAAGAGCUUCGUAGAUCUGUGUUACUGGUAUUUGCAAAUAAACAGGAUUUGCCAUUAUCAAUGGGAACUACACAGUUAGCUGAGAAAUUGGGUUUACAUACUCUUUGUGGGAGAAAAUGGUAUAUACAGGCGACGUGUGCUACGAAAGGUACAGGAAUAUAUGAAGGACUAGAUUGGUUGUCAAAACAAAUACGAAACAGGAAUUACUGA